CUCCACAAACUAUGAAGGAAAUGUCAAUGUUUCAAUUAAAGUCAUGCUGAAUUGAGAUUAUUUAUAAUAUUUAUAAUAAUUUUAAAAUGUUUUAAGAACUAAAACCAUAUUCUUUGAUACAUGUUCUUAUAUAUAUUAUACAGAAAAUUUUAUUUUCCUCCCCGUCCGCCUCUAUAUUGUGACUUUUUUCAGAGUAAGGUAGAAGAUAAAUAAUAAUAGUAUACAUAUUUUGGUAAAUCACAAGGGUAUUAUUAAAUCAUGGCUAAGAGAGCUAACCCUUAUAGUGAAGAUUUUAUACAACAAAGUAAAAUUUUCGUCAACUUGAAACAAUUCAACAACAACGAAGACAGGUUAAAGAAGGUAUAUGAGAAAACCUUGCAAAUGCUUUUCGAAGGAGCUAAAAAAUCCCAAAACAACAAUAAUAAUAAUUCAAUCCAUGAAAUCAACGGUAUUGCAGUUGAUAGAAAAAAUAAAAUGAAACAAUUAUUUAUUGACAAAAAUGGGAGUCUUUCACAUUCUGGAACUUUGGUGGGUCCAGAUGUGUGUAAGCCGUGUCAGUGUGGUGAUGUAAGCCUUCUCUGCUGCCAGUACUGCGAACAAGCUCUGUGUAAUCUCUGUACGAGGUCAUGUGCACUGUGUCAACACAACUAUUGUACCAAGUGCUCCUUAGUUGGGUCGGAAGGUGUGGAAGUCUGUGUGUCAUGUUAUAGUUAAUUAUUUUAUUUUAUAAAUGUUGUUUGUGAGUUAUUUAAAUUGUGAUAAUUAGGAAAUAAGGAGAAUAUUUUUUUAAGAGAAGUAAAUAAAACAUAUUUUAAAAA